AUGCGAUCAAUGUUGCGACUAGUCGCCCUCGCCUGUCUCGCACAAUUUCCAUCAGUUUCGGUCAGUGUUCAAUUGAGGCAAGACAGCAUCAAUGUCACUAGUCCAGCAUAUCCCCCGUCGUACUGUACGAAUGGCAACUCGUCCACCAAGCCGUACAAGUUUGGCUACAUCAUCUUCAGUGGCUACGAACCCCUUGAUAUCAACGGUCCCGUAUCAGCGCUUGGAACACUAGGUCGCGAUCACCAUAUCGAACUCUCCGUUAUUGCCGAAACCAUGAGCCCCGUGACCAGCGCACCACUUCUCCCCGCCAUGAACCCUUUCAACUCAACGACAUUUGUGACACUCAGUCCGACGCACACGUUCGAGACAGCGCCCCAGGAUAUCGAGGUCCUCAUCAUCCCAGGGGGAGCUGGCUCGCGCUCAUCGAAACUCAAUACAACCUUCGCAUACCUGCAGCAAACAUACCCCAAGCUGCAAUACCUGAUCACAGUCUGUACAGGCGCUUUGGUAGCCUCGCGCGCGGGUUUGCUGGAUGGAAAGUUUGCGACAACGAACAAGCAGGGCUGGGCGGCCGUUGUUGCAACGAAUCAUCAUGUUCAUUGGGUGCCUCAGGCAAGAUGGGUAGUCGACGGGAAUAUCUGGAGCACUUCGGGCGUAUCGGCUGGGAUCGAUGGCACCUUGGGAUUCAUCGAGUGUUUCUACGGUACUGCAGUCGCGACAGCCGUGGCGAAGUGA